ACUAUUUAAAAGUUAGGAGUAGGCGCAAAUUGAACCAAGAUGGCGGCCCCCGUGGAUCUGGAGUUGAAGAAGGCCUUCACAGAGCUUCAAGCCAAAGUUAUUGACACUCAACAGAAGGUGAAGCUUGCAGACAUACAGAUUGAACAGCUAAACAGAACGAAAAAGCAUGCUCAUCUUACAGAUACCGAGAUUAUGACUUUGGUAGAUGAGACUAAUAUGUAUGAAGGUGUAGGAAGAAUGUUUAUUCUGCAAUCCAAAGAGGUAAUUCACAGCCAACUGUUAGAGAAGCAGAAAAUAGCAGAAGAAAAAAUUAAAGAAUUGGAACAGAAAAAGUCCUACCUGGAGCGGAGUGUGAAGGAAGCGGAGGACAACAUCCGGGAGAUGCUGAUGGCUCGAAGGGCACAGUAGGAGGCCUCUGGGGGAAGCUCUUCCUUCUUACCCUCCGUUCCUGGCAAGGGCAGAGGGGCCUGUGUGGGGCAGCAGGUUCUGCUCUGCCCUGAUGGACAUUUAAUGUGGCUGUGUGGUAACCCCGAUUUUUCUACAUCACCCUGAGCCCCUUUUCAGAUCCCAACCCUGUAUUUCUUAUCCUUGCCCAGCCUGACACUCCUCUCCCCUAGGGAUAAGCCCACCCUCCCCGAAAGGGCAGAGGACAGCUAGGGGCGCUCUUCCGAGCCUGCUACUAGCCAUGCUGGUCAGACCAAUAAAAGGCAUCCCCUUC